AUGGGGGCCGGAGAAGCAGUUAGGCGGACGGAGGAGGAUGAGAAGAUGGGUUUAGUUUUUGGAUUCCUGUGGCUGUUUACCGGCUUGCUGCAGGGCGUGCACGGCCAGGGCGUUUACGCAUCCCCAACUGUUCGAAUAGUGCACUCAGGUCAGCCCUGUAACUUGGAAGAGGACCAAUACAGUGAGAGGGUUUACUCCAUCAGAGAAGGAGAGACUAUGGAGCUCCAGUGUCUGGUGACUGGACACCCUCGACCACAGAUUCGAUGGACUAAGACAGCGGGAGGAGCCUCAGACUGUCGAGACAACUCCUCGCUGCACAAAGAAACUCUGAGGAUUGAGACAAUCAGCCGUCACCAGGGGGGGCGUUACUAUUGCAAGGCUGAAAAUGGAGUGGGAUCCCCAGCCAUCCGCUCAAUGCGAGUUGAUGUCUACUACUUGGAUGACCCAGUAAUAACAGUUCAUCAGAGCAUCGACGAAGCUAAAGAACAGUUCUACUUUGAGAGGACAGUAUUCCUUCGUUGCAUUGCAAACUCCAACCCAUCUGCUCACUACACCUGGACAAGAGGCAGGGAGGUUUUGUCACAGGGAUCUGACUCAGGGGUGGAGAUAUACAAGCCAUUUUUCACACAGGGAGAGACAAAGAUCUUGAAGCUGAAGAAUCUCCGUCGUCAGGAUUUAGCGGACUACACUUGUAUAUCCUCUGUCAAAAAUGUGUGUGGCAUUGGAGAGAAGAGCACACACUUCAGACUGAGCAACAAAACAGCUCCUCCCUCUAUUAAACUCCUUCUGGACAACCCUCUAGUGGUGAAUCCUGGAGAGACAAUCACUCUGGUUUGUGUGGUGUUGGAAGGAGAUCCUCCCCCAAAACUGACAUGGUUGAGGGAAGGUGGAAAGGAACUUCCAAAGAGGAGCAUCGUCAACGGGGGCACGCUGACAGUCCCUAUCGUUAACAUGGACGAUGGAGGCACUUAUAUCUGUGUAGCGUCCAACAACGUAGGGAACCCUGCUAAAAAAACAUCCAGCAUACUAGUCAGAGGUCUUCAUAAAGGCCGGUUUUGGAUCACACCAGAUCCAUAUCACAAUGAAGACAACAUACAGAUUGGCCGGGAGGUUAAGAUAAGCUGCCAAGUGGAGGCCACGCCACCAGAGGAGCUUCAGUUUGGCUGGUUGAAAAAUGGCCGGCCACUUAAAAGCUCUGAUCGGAUGGUCAUCACCCACACAAGCACCCACAUCUCUCCAGGAACUACAAAUCUUGACAUCAUCGACCUCAAGUUCACUGAUUUUGGCACUUACACCUGCAUAGCAUCACUGAGGAAUGGAGGAAUCCCAGAGAUUAGUAUUGACGUCAACAUUUCUUCUACAACAGUUCCUCCUGAGCUCACCGUCCCCAAGGGGCAGUCUCGACUCAUCACACAGGAGGGCGACACCAUAGACCUGCAGUGUCUGGUCUCUGGAAAGCCGAAACCAAUCAUUCUGUGGUCUCGAGUGGAGGAGAGCGGGGCGGCUGCGGCCUCAACGGCCCUGAUGCCUGAUGGGUCCCCUCAGGUGGAGAGCUACGACGGCAUACUGAGAAUCAGCAAUUUGACGAGAGAGAUGAGCGGGACGUAUCGCUGCCAGACGAGCCAGUACAAUGGUUUUAACGUCAAACCCAGAGAGGCCCUAAUCCAGCUGGUAGUGCAGUACCCCCCAACAGUAGAACCAGUGUUCACGGAGAUUCAUCAGGGUCUGAGCCGCGCUUUCAGCAUUACCUGCCGCCUGCUCCAAGCCCACCCAGGUCGCCUCCUGCAGUACGAGUGGAAGCUGGGCUCUCGCCUCCUCACUGUCGGACAGUUCAGCCAUCAAAAGCAUGAAACCAGCUAUCACGUCAAAGCUCUGAACAGAGAGGGCUAUGGAGAGUACACCUGUGACAUCACCAAUGAAGCGGGCGCCGGACGCUGUACCUUCCUGGUGACAGGUAAAGCCUAUCCUCCAGAGUUUUACUAUGACACUUACAACAAUCUAUGGCAGAACAGACCUCAGGUCUACAGCUUCAAGCUGCAGUGGACUCAGAUGGAGCCAAAUGCCGUAGAUCGAAUCCUGGCCUACAGACUCGGUAUCAGGCAGAUGGGUCAGUCCCGCUGGUGGGAGCAGGAAAUUCCCAUAGAAGGAACGAUCCAAAAGGGUGAGCUGUUGACCUACAACCUGACAGAAUUGAUCAAACCUGAGUCCUACCUGGUUCGCCUUACCCCAAUCACCCGCUAUGGGGAGGGAGAUGCCACUGAACGUAUCAUCACAUACAGCGGGUUCUUCAUGUACAUUGAGACAUCAAGGCCUAGGCAAGAAGAUGACAAAGCCCGUCUGUUGUCUCCCACCUUCAACAUAAACUCCAACACAUCCCCUUCUUCAGUCAGCAACAACCCUACCUACUGCUUUGCCUUUUAUUACCAUAUGUAUGGGAAACACAUAGGAGCUCUGAACGUCAUCUUGCGUCAGAAAGGUCCGAAUGUGAAGGACACACCUGUGUGGAGUCUGAACGGCAAUCAAGGUGACCACUGGCGACAGGCCAGGGUCAACAUUCACCCAACUACAGCUUUUCAGAUGGUCAUGGAGGGAGUCCGAGGUUCUGGUGUUCAAGGAGAUAUUGCAAUAGAUGAUGUCACAAUUAAGGAGGGUGAAUGCAAAGAUCCUCCACCAAACAAUCUCAGGUCAUUUGCCCCACCCUCAUCAUGCUGUAUAUGGCAGCUCUGCGUCAUUCUUAAUUUGGCUCUGAUUUGCCGGCAUAGGUGACCACCUCCGUCCCGCCACUCACCCCAUUCAUUUCCUUACUCCACCCGCCUCUGGCUUCCACACACACACACACACACACACACACACACAUACACGACAUUUAACUCCUCUGGUUCCUUAAGUCUGCCCAUCCCGUCCCGUCCCAUCAGGUUAAGUGUGGUUCAGCGGAGGGAAAGCAGAUGAAGAGCUUCAGUCCAUCCACAAACAGAAAAGAUUAGAUUUCCAAAUAGUAUUGACUGACUUGCUGAUUAAGCAGACCACUCUGAGGUCAGUUUGUGUGAAUCCAGGGCUAAAUGCUGCUAAAACAAUAUGGCUGCAUUUGCUCCCAUAACGAGUAAUACACACACAUAAACUAUAAACUGGAUGUAUUUAUUUAAGAUGAUGGGUUACAGGUGUUAUGUCUGGCAUCCAUGUGAAGUCAAUGAUGUCAUCAGAUGGUGUAUUCCACAUGGAUGUCCGUGUGCCUUCCAGUUAGUUAAUACAGUAGAGACUUAAUCCAUAGCGAUGAUGAGAUUGCCUCUGGGAUACAUUGUCUUAGCAGACAUCAUAGUAGAAAAAUAAGUAUGCUUCUGUGGCACCCACAGUUACCUUUGUGCAUGUUCCCUUAAUUCUGGGACCUUUUUGUCUCACAUAUUUGACAACUGGAUUGUUCUGUUUAUUCAUUCUAAAAAAUCAGUGAAACAGUUAGCGACUGAACUAGCUUAGCAUAAAAAGUUUGUGUGUACCAGUUUUCGUAACAAAGCCAUAACUCAAAAUGAGGUUUCUGAACAAAAAGAAAGUAUACAGAUUAUUUUUUUUCUGUUUCCUUGAACAUGUUCUAUGUGAAAAUUUGUUUUCUAUCAAGAAAAACUUACCAUGUUUUUGUUUUGUUGGUCAAUUGGUAAUCUACCGAAAGGGGAAGACAUGCAUUUAGGGUCUAUUAGAAGGUCUUCCAAUAAUGACGACUUUUAUAAAAUAAAAACUAUUUUGGCUGUUCAACACUAUUUAAAUUUGACUUUGAAUAUUCACAUUUGACUAUAAAUUUGUAUUACAUUUUUAAAGGAUAUAUCAUUUUGAGACACGAAUAUAACAAUGUUGAUCAAACCAACACAUUUAAUAACAGCUGAUAAAUGCAGUAAAUCGAGGAACACAUUUUAGAAAUUGAAUAAGACAGACAGACGAGGUAAACUAGAAAUGAAGGAAGGACUAAAUAAAUAUCCACAGACUAAAAUAUGUUAAAUUAUGGUCAGCUGGUCAGCAGUUUUUCUCUGGGCCUUCCCUUAACUAUAUGUAAAAAUCAUAUCAAGGUAAGGGACUAAUCAUAUCUUUAAUUUUUCUUUUUUUUAAUUAAUGUAAUAUAUUUGUUUAUUGAUUUAAUGUAAUUAGAUUUUAUUUUUAUUAUACAUUUAGAGGAUUUAUUAAAUCUUAAAUGUAAAAAAACACUAAUAAUAAUCAUGUCUGGCCCUGCAUCAAUAUCCACACAAGUAGGUUUUAAAAUCAUCAUCAUUAUUAUUAAUAAUAAUAAUAUUAUAAUUAAUAUUACCAUAUUAUUGUUGUUGUUGUUAUUUGUAGUGUUAUUAGUAUUAUACAAAUAUAUUUAUUUAUAUUUAUCAUAACUCAAUAAAAAGUUGUAGCAUUCUAAAGUCAAAGGAUGUUCUCAAAUUCUCUUUAGAAUGAGAACAGUUUUUACUUGACAAAAGGUAAGCUACACCAUCAGACCAUCAACGCUUUAACCCAAAGGAUAGAAGCUUUUGCAACAAUUCUGAGAUAGUCAUUGAUGCAUCUGCUCAGAUUUGGCUGUUGAUCAAUGAAUUGUUACAGCAGCUGUAUACUACAUAAGGGUAGAACGUGACAUAUCCAUUAGACUUGACCAGUUUCCAUUCACUUAUAGCACGCUCUGAAUAGCUUAUUCUGAUGUGUAGGUUCAGAGGUCCUUGGGUUUGUGUUCACUGGAAGGUGUGGUGCAUUAAUCAUUCUGAGAUGUUAAGAAACAGCACAGAAAGUGUUUCCGAUUCAGUUUUCAGUUGCUUAUUUCAUUAAGAACGGAACAAAUUUGACGCAACUUAGGGUGUAUUUUCACACUCUGAGUAUUGAGGUCUUCCACAGUUGACCUACAUUAUGUUUUUCCUUUGAAUAUUCGUGAAAUUUAGUGUAUGUAAUGAAGUCGAUGUUGAUGUUGGUGGGCAGAGGCUGGCGGGUUGUUAGGUUAACAAACUUCCGAUUCAGAAUAGGGUUUUCCCCCCUCAUCUGACUGCAGCUUCGUAUCUGAACAGAUUGAAUUUUUAAUCACCAAAUUCAACGGAUUAUAAAAGAGGAAAUAACAGCUUGAAUGUCAAUCUUCCUUCCCAUCCCACUAUCCCCAUCCAUCAUCCCUUUCACAACUCUCCGCCAUCCUACUCCACAGAUCAACAGUACUGUACUGCGAG